AUGGCCGCCAAAGCACCCCUCGACGUCAUCAUUGGAGCUGGCAAUAUUGGAGACAGAAGUAUCGACAAAACCGUGCGGUACGACACGCCUGAAGAGGUGAACGCAUACUUGAACGCUUUCUACGAUCGCGGUUAUAAACAUAUUGAUACCGCUCGCGCGUACUCGACCGGUGCAUCAGGAACAUCCGAGCCCAGACUCGGUGCUGUUGAGGCUGGCAAGAGGUUCACCAUCGACUCUAAAGCGCUAUCCCGAGAGCCAGGGAGCCACACAAAGGAGAAAAUCGCUAGUGAAGUAGAGGCGUCUCUCAAAGCUCUGAAGGUUGACCAAAUCAACAUCUAUUACCUGCACCAGCCUGACCGAGAGACUCCCUUUGAGGAGACGUGCGAAGCCAUGGACAAGGCGUACAGGGAAGGCAAGUUUAGGAAGUUUGGGCUUUCUAACUACACGGCAAGCGAGGUUGAACAAAUUCUCGAAAUCUGCGAACGUCGCGGAUUCGUAAAGCCGAGUGUCUAUGAGGGGCAGUACAAUCCUAUUGUCCGAGGUGGAGAGAAGGUAUUGUUCCCUCUUCUGCGCAAGAACAACAUUGCAUUCUAUGCCUGGAGCCCUGCCGGAGGAGGCUUCUUCGCUGGAAACCAUAAGAAUGGCAAGUCUGGCGGCCGUUUCGACAAAUCCACCUUUCUCGGAGGCGUCUACUCGCAGCUGUAUCUCAAGCCUUCAAUCGAAGUUGCAACGGAUAAUGCGUUGGCAAUUGCCGCCAAGCAUGGCAUUAGCGGCCAUGCUGUUGCCCUGAGAUGGACUGUGAACCACAGUGUUCUCGACAGGAAGCAUGGUGAUGCCAUCAUCAUUGGCGCAUCGAACCUCGACCAGCUCAACUCCAACCUCGACGUCAUUGAACAAGGACCUCUGCCUGACGAUGUCGUCGAAGCUGUCAAUGCUAUCCAUACCGCCCUUGGAACUGACGAGGUUCCUUAUCAUUUUUAG